GCCAAUCUUUAACAAGGGGGCGCGUCCUCAUCCGCUGCUCCUGCUUGUUUCUUCGUCUCGGUUUAGUUCGCUCGAGUCUGACCGGAGAGCGCAAGGACAUUUAACGGGAUGCGUGGAGCUCCAACUCAGCCCCCUUAAGAAAAAACAGCAAACAAUUUAACGAGACGUCGCUGAAGAACACCAACCAAGUGAGGAGCUAGCAAACAAUUGGGUCGUUUUAUUUGUUGGUCGCGGAAAGGUAGCAAGGACCGUCACGGACCUUCUCCGACAUCGUGAAUGGACGGCCUCUAAACAAAACUAAGCCGAGCCGAGUUAAGAAACUUCUGAAACUUAAGAGGAUCAGCGGUGAACGACUUACUACUGUCACCGUGUCCAGUGGAAGCGGACUGUUGGAUGGGGGUCAUGCCUUCCUGCUGAGCCGUCGCUCUAGGGGCCACCAUGAGGCGGACGCCACCCCUUUUGCCCCUCCCCUUCUUCCUGCUGCUGGGCACCGCCGCCUCGGUGGCGCCUGCCAGCGGAGGUGCCGCCCCUUUCCCUCAGGACCUGGAGCCUAUCAACGUGGUCGGACGAGAAACUUCCUACUUGUUCCCCAGCUUCCAAGGCUUGCUGGAGGACAAUGACACAGAACGUUUGGGUCUGGACUUCCAGAGGAUGCUGAGGAUCAACCACAUGCUCUACAUCGCCGCACGGGAUCAUGUGUUUGCCAUCAACAUGGCGGCCUCGUCGGACCGCAUCGUCCCGCAGCAGAAACUGACCUGGAAGACGAAGGACGUAGACAAGUGCACCGUGCGCGGGAAGAAUAGUGACGAAUGUUACAACUACAUCAAAGUGUUGGUGCCCCGCAACGACGAAACGCUGUUCGCGUGCGGAACCAACGCUUUCAACCCGACCUGCCGCAACUACAAGAUGUCGACUUUAGAGCAGGACGGCGAGGAGAUGGUGGGUCAGGCUCGCUGUCCCUUUGAGUCGCAUCAGUCCAAUGUUGGACUUUUUGCAGGAGGUGACUUCUACUCGGCCACCAUGACAGACUUUCUGGCGAGCGACGCCGUCAUCUACCGCAGCCUGGGCGAAAGCCGCCCUGUGCUACGGACUGUCAAAUACGAUUCCAAAUGGCUGCGAGAACCUCACUUCCUUCACGCCAUCGAGUACGGCAACUUUGUCUAUUUCUUCUUCAGCGAGAUCGCCGUGGAGUACACGUCGCUAGGAAAGGUGGUUUUCUCCCGAGUGGCUCGCGUGUGCAAAAACGACAACGGCGGUUCUCCUCGCGUCCUGGAGCGCUACUGGACGUCCUUCCUGAAGGCUCGCCUCAACUGCUCCGUGCCGGGCGACUCCUUCUUCUACUUCGACGUCCUGCGCUCGCUCACCAACGUGCUGCAGAUCAACCGGCGGCCCGCCGUGCUCGGCGUCUUCACCACGCAAGCGAACAGCAUCACCGGCUCGGCCGUGUGCGCCUUCUACAUGGACGACAUCGAGAAGGCCUUCGGCGGGAAGUUCAAGGAGCAGAAAAAUAGCGAAGCGGCCUGGACGCCCGUCCCCGACGAGCAGGUCCCCAAACCGAGGCCCGGUUGUUGUGCCGGCGAAGGCUCUGCCGCGGACUUUAAGACGUCCACCGCCUUCCCCGACGACACUUUGACAUUCAUCAAGUCCUACCCGCUGAUGGACGAGGCCGUGCCUUCCGCUAACAACAGGCCGCUCUUCACCAGGACCACCAGCAGGUUCAAGUUGACUCAGAUGGUGGCGGACACGUCGGCGGGUCCGGACCGCAACUUCACGGUGCUGUUCUUGGGUUCGGAAGAUGGACGGGUUCUGAAGGUUCUCACCAGCACCGACGGAAACAACCAGACGCUCGGCACCACCGUGCUGGAGGACAUCAGCGUCUACAGCCACAACAAAUGCAACGUGAGAGGUGAGGACAGACGCGUUUUGGGUCUGGAACUGGACCGGGACCACCACGCACUCUUCGUGGCCUUCUCGGGCUGCGUCAUCCGCGUGCCUCUCAGCCGUUGCGACCGCUACAGCGACUGCAAAACACACUGCCUGUCCUCUCGUGACCCAUACUGCGUGUGGUUGAAGGCUGGGAAGUGUGUCGCCGUCACGCCAGGGUUAAAAGGCGCCUUCGAGCAGGAAGUGGAGAAUGGUGCUUCGCUACAUUCUGACACCUGUCACGAUGUCCUGGCAACAACGCGCAAGCACAACACGCCUCUGGACACGGCUUACGGGAAGGCCACACCCGCGAGCGGCGCGGCGUCCAAUCAAAAGGAGGCAGGUGACCCCCAAAGAGGUCCGGUUGCGGAGGGCCCUCCCUACCAGGGGGAGCCAGGGUCACCUGACUCGGAGCCGAUCAGUGUGGAGAUGGAGGGCGUCCGGCGCCCACCCGAGGCAGACAAGAGCAACCACAGCGUCCACUACACGCUUCUGAUCGCCUGCGUCCUGGUGGCUUUUGUGCUAGGCGCCUUCCUGUCGGGCUUUUUGGUGUCGUGCUACUGCAACCGCGGCGCCCACAAGGCCCGCAAGCUCCCCAAGGACCCCGAAGUCCAAAUCCCGCACGCGCUCUCUCUUCGCAGCCUAGCUAAACUCAACGGCCUCUUAGAGGGCGGCACCGGCAAAGAAGACAAACUGGAAGCGUCUUCGCCGAAGAUCUACAGCUCUUUGUUCUCCAAAGAAGCCCCCAGGAGGAGCGGCCACCACGGGAUGUCCAUGGGGGACCUGGUCCUGCCGCACCACCACCACCUGCGCUCGUCCUCGGAGCUCUCCGGUCUGCCAACGCCGGACUCCACCCCCGAGCUGCCCAUCAAGAGCAUGAAGGCGUUCCGCAACCAGUGGGAGAAGAACCACAACUGCAACAACGCGUCUCGUCCGCCCUCGGCACAGGUGUUCCCCUCCUAUGGGGCGUCGCGCCUCACCGAGGACCGCAAAGAGCGCCCCCCGCCGCAGCAUCCCGGCUACGCCCACAAGGUGAUGGAAGUCACCUCGUUGGAUGAGCUGCUCAAGCACAUCCACGAGGGCGGCGGCGCCAAGACCCCGCAGCUCAUCGGGCCGGCGGGGGUGCGACACGGGGGCGCGCACCUGCCCUACUCCGGUCGGGUCCAACCCCACAUCCCGGAAACGGAGUCGGCGCCAUACUACAGCUCGUCCACGCUACCCCGCGACAGCCUGACCCGCCGCAUGGACGUCCCGCCGGACCCUCCUUCGACCUUGGAGCGCCGCCACUCUUCGUCCCAGAGGCAGUCCUUCCUGGGCGCCACCCCUGGAGGUGCUUCGGCGCUCCCCCGCCACCACAGCUUCAGCCAGCGCUUGGUGCCCCCCCACCAGCCGCCGCCCCUGCUGGCGCGCAUGAACUCCGCGGGGAGCGGCGAGGGCCACUUCCCCCUCCUCCCGCCGGGCUACUUGGCGCGCUACAACGCCGCCCAGCAGGACGGCCCCCUCAGAGGCGGGAACAACGUCCGAAGAGGACCCUCCCUAAAAUCCGACGCCCCGCCCAAGCCGCUCUUUAUCCCCGCCUCCUCGCCGGUCAGCCCGCACGCCGACUUCAACUACUGACGGAAGCGCUAAAACCCUGACGUGGGAAAUUAUCUUUGUACCAUAUUGGUAUUGUUCUCUUCUACGUUUUCCUUCCGCCGUCAGCUAGCAACCGUGACAACAGCGCCCCUCUGCUAUGUUGAGGACAUUAACUGUAACUACAAGACCGUCGACAUCAGCAACUGCAUUCCUGACUACUACAUCCAUGACUAUAUUCCCAUUGGCUGCCGUUGACGGUAAUUAACCAACCGGAUGUUGUGGUGUCCAAUCAUCCUCCUCCCGGUGUUUAUCACUAGUUUAUCACUAGUAGACGUCCAAUUUAUUUGAAGUGGGAGGCGGGCAGCAAAUGGACCUUCACUGUAACACAUCAACUACCGAUUAAUCGGCUUUAACAUGAACUUAGUUAACAUCCAUAGACGUCUAAUUGGGUUGUCAGGUAUUAGUAUCAAAUCUCAAAUAGGUGAAUUUCCCAAUGGAGUUUGGUCAGGCUGCAGUGUGUUAUUUGAACAUAAUUCAUAAAUUAACUAGAACCAAAUCUGCUUUAACAAUGAGUCGUUUUUCAUUCACACUCUCAUAACUUUUUCAUAUUAAAACAUACACAGUUGAAACUCGAGAAACACGUCAACAAGCUCACAACUGUUAAUUCGGCUUUAGUGUUAUUUCAAAAAUUAACUCACUGGCUGCCAUUGACAGUUAUUAACGUCUAAUCCAUUUGGACCGUGAGGGCUAGCAUGUAUUGGUACAUCGUCUUAAAUAGGCUUAGUUCUCAAUGGAGUUGGGUUAGGUUGAAGUUUAUUCAUUCAUUCAUUCAUUGUCCUCAAGGGGGUGCUAGAGCCUAUCCUAGCUAACUAUGGGCAAAAGGCAGGGCACACCCUGAACUGUUUGCCAGCCAAUCACAGGGCACAAUGAGACAAACAUAGUUUUUUCAUAAACACCUCCGUGAAGUUGGCCACCUAUAAGUCCGCUAGCUUAAAUGCUGUAUAAUGGUAAUGUUUACAAAAUUGGCUAACUUGCAGAGCAAAAGACCACUAGCUUAAAUGCUUUAUAAUGCUAAUGUUUACAA